AUGUCCAAGAGCACUGGUGUGAUGGCUCAUGACAUUGAAAUGUUUGGAAACAGCUGGAUGGAGGCAGAGCCCCACCAGGGCAGAUGUCCCAUGGUGCCCUCUGGUUUCAGCUCACCUUGUGCUCGUGUGGAUGCUCAAGUCCUCCUGGAAGUGGAAGAGGUGUGUGUGAUGCUGCUCGACGCACCUUUUCAGAGCUGCCAUGACUUUGUGAGUCCAUUGUCCUUCAUGGCCAGCUGCUCCAACGACCUUUGCAGGUCCGGUCCCAGCAGCAAUGUGGUGUGCCAGGUGUUCAGCGAGUACGCACGAGCCUGCGCCCAUGCCGACCACCCUCUACACGACUGGAGGGAGCACGUUCCUCUGUGUGUGAAGCAGUGUCCUCUGGAGCUGCAGUACAGGGAAUGCAUCAGCUGCUGCCCAGAAUCCUGCAACCUGGAGCGAGCGUGCAUCGACAGCAAGCUGGCCUGCCUCGACGGAUGCUACUGUCCUGAUGGUCUUAUUUAUGAGGAUGGUAGUUGCGUGACGCCUGCCGAGUGUCCCUGUGAGUACCAUGGCAUGAUUUAUCCUUCUGGCCAAAUGCUGCAGGAGGAAUGCAACAACUGCACAUGUGUGGGUGGAGUUUGGAACUGCACUGACUACAGCUGCCCAGGUGAAUGCUCCGUGACGGGUGAUAUGUAUUUCCAGUCCUUCGAUGGCCGGAUCUUUACAUUUCCUGCAACGUGUCAAUAUGUCCUCGCCAAAAGUCGCAACUCAGGAAAGUUCACCAUCACUAUCCAGAAUGCCCCCUGUGGAGCUAAUUUGGACGGGGCCUGCAUCCAAUCAGUUAACCUGGUUGUUGACGAGGAUCCAAGAACAGAAAUCACUCUGAGUCACAUUGGCGAGGUCUUUAUGGCUGGACAGUAUCGUGUCUCACUCCCUUAUUCUGACGACGUGCUCCAUGUUCAGGAGCUGUCGUCCAUGUUCCUCCAAGUGAGGACGGCAUUUGGUCUCCGUCUGCAGUACAGCUGGGCAGAGUUUCGUCUCUAUGUGCAGGUCGAUGAGCCAUGGAAGGAUGACACGGUGGGGCUAUGCGGCACCUUCAACGGCAACAUUCAAGAUGACUUCCUUGAAGCUGUGGUCUGGUUUUCCUGCAGGUCUCCGUCAGGAAUGAUUGAAAGUACUCCUCAGCUGUUUGGAAAUACCUGGAAGGUGUCGUCAGCCUGUUCUCUCAGUCUGAGUUCACCUCAGCUUGACCCAUGUGACACUCACCAACAGGCUGUGAUCUAUGCAUCAGAGAUGUGUGAUGUUCUGAAUCAGGAACUCUUCUCUGCGUGUCACGAGUACCUCAGUCCAGCACCUUUCCAUCAGCAGUGCCGUGCAGAUACCUGUAAGUGUGGGACCCCCUGCUUCUGCUCUGCACUGGCUCACUACGCCCGCCACUGCCGGAGAUUUUCAGUCGUUAUUGACUUUCGGUCCCAUGUAUCUGACUGCGCGGUCACCUGUCCAGCCACCAUGCAGUAUGGUACCUGCGUCUCCUCCUGCCAGCAGCAGUGCUCCUUCCUCUCUCUCCCUCCCCACUGUGGGGAGGACUGUGAGGAGGGCUGCACCUGUCCUCUGGGCUCCUUCUACAACCACCGAACACACACUUGCGUGCACAGGAGCGAGUGUCCCUGCAGUUUCCUUGGAGCAGAUUAUGAACCAGGAGAAGUAAUCAUGACGUCAGCAGGUGUUCAGCUCUGUCUGGAUGGUAAACUGGUGUCCCAAACUAUGGAAGGUGACAGGCUGUGUCCACCAGGUCAAAUGUAUCAGAACUGCUCAGAGAGGGAGAAAGACUUCCUGCCAAGUAGGGGCGUGGCCUGUGAGCGCACCUGUGAAUCCUACCUGCUCAACAUCACCUGCUCUGCACAUGAACCCUGUGUAUCAGGAUGUGCCUGUCCUCUUGGGUGUUUCACGGAGGCAGCUGAAGGUUAUCGGCAGUCCAUGCAGCAUGGGGCUCGGGUGGUCACUGAGGUGGACGUUACCUGGUUCUACAUGAACUGCCUUGCAGACACUUGUGCCUGCAGCCGUGGAGGCGAUAGCGAAUGUUUUUGCAUCAGCUUGGCAGCAUACGCCCAACGCUGCUGCCACGAGGGUAUUCCUGUUGACUGGCGAACACCAUCUCUCUGCCCUUAUGAUUGUGAAUUCUACAACAAAGUUCUGGGUAAGGGUCCAUUCAGGCUCUUCACCUUCAGGGACCAGAGGACUCUGCUGUCAGCCAGCAGGUCCAGCGGCUUCGUGUUUCUUCAGCAGGCCAACAGCAGCACUACCACCGCUGCAGGCAUCCUCUCACAGUUCAUGAUGACACCGGGCCUCAGCAGAACUCGGCCACACGAUUCAUCACGAGUUUCCUUCGAGGCUGCUGAAAGACCAAACUACUUCCUGCACGUGAGCCCCAGCGGCCAGGUGAGGCUCGCCAAGUGGGAGGAAAGCGAGGCAUUCUGGGAUGGCGCCACCUUUGUAAUUCACAGGAACACCUGGAUCCUGGGCUAUGACUCGCUCGAGUCACAUUCAAAGCCUGGCUUCUUCCUGCACGCUACGCUGCCCCAACUCCACCUCCUCAAAUUCAGACACAGCUACAGCUUCCGCAGGGCGUCGCUGUUCAGACUGACAGGUCCAAGUCCAGACACCCCGCCGAGUCCUCGAUGUCAGUGGAGAUAUGACCCCUGUGUCAGCCCCUGCUUCAAGACCUGCAGCGAUCCACUGGCUGAGGCCUGCACCACCAUCCCUCGAGUGGAGGCUUGCCUUCCUGUAUGCGCACCUCACAUGGUUCUGGAUGAGGUCACCAGACGGUGUGUUCAUGUUGAAGACUGCAUCAAGGUUCCAGUUAUUGUGCCACUUACAACAGUGGGCACUGCAUCUGUCACUUCUGCAACAAGCACCAACAUUACUGCCUCCGCUACCCCCACAGAGAAACCACUGCUGUACCACCAUCACCAACAACACAGAGUUCCACUCAUCCUGUCUUCACUGAGCAAACCUCCGAGGCACACAACAUCCAAACCAACUUUUACCUCUUCAACAUCACCUGCUGUGGCAACCACCAUCACUAAGACAACAAUGCAGAAAAUUUCCAUCCCAGAAAGUGUAGUCACCACAACCAAAGAGCUGGUUACAACUACACAUCCACCUGUGCCUGCCUCUUCUGAAAGCUCCCUCACAACAGCCCCUACAGGAGCUACACCCUCUGUUGCUACCACCACUCUUAGACCUGUUGUCCUUCAGCCGAUUACAGAGGCAAAACAACCAUUGACGGACAGAGUGCAGGUGUCAACCAAACUUACUACCAUAGCCUACACCCACAACAAUAUCUUCUACCACUGUACAGACAACCACCUUCCGGACAACACCCAGAGUUCUGCUUCAAUUUCUGUUCAUACACCGUGGGAAACAACGAGCCGCUCAGCAGAGCAAUCACCAUCUUUGACGGCAACACCUAUGAGGAUGUGCACACCUCCAUACGCUGAAAUUAUUGAUGAAUGCACAAAGUACAUCUGCGUCAACAACCAGCUAGUUCUGUUCAACAAAUCCCAGAGUUGCCCCUUCACAGCGGGACCUCCCAACUGUGGCUUGCUUGGAUAUGCAGUUCUGGUCAAUGGAGACAAGUGCUGCCCGAAGUGGGACUGUCCGUGUCGAUGCUCCAUGUUUCCUGAUCUGAAUGUGAUCACGUUUGACGGGAACAGCUUUGCCAUCUUCAAGGCUGCUUCAUAUAUCAUGACCCAGCUGUCCAAUGAGACUCUCAGCGUUCUGGUUCAGGAAUGUCCGGCUGACUCAGAGUCACCGCUCAAGUGGAAUUUCACCCACCUGUGUCUGGUCUCACUCAACAUCACACAUAAAUCCAAUCACGUUGUCAUCAACAGACUGCAGAGGAGACUCUAUGUCAACUCUCGAUACGCCAAGCCCCGUUUUAAAAAGCAUGGCUUUGAGAUCUACGACACGGGCAACAUGUACCUGAUCCGCAGCCCAAGUGGUCUCAAGGUGCAGUGGUUCCACAGCACCGGCAUGAUGGUGAUUGACACUGACAGCUUGAGCAAGAAGCUUCCCACCAUGGGUCUCUGUGGCUUCUGUGAUGGAGACCCAACCAACGAUCUGACCCUGCCCAACGGCACCACGCUGGGCGUAAGCGAGGCUCUGUUCACUGAUAGCUGGCAGGUUGCCAACACAACCGGCUACAUCAGCUACAGCCGUCUUCGUGAUCACAACUGCUCCACCAGUGACUGCUCCCAUUGCCUGGCCAUGCUGGAGAACCCCUCCUUCACCCCCUGCCAUGUCUUUGUGCCCCCCAUGACGUUUUGUGAAGUUUGGGUGCGAGACUCUGAAUAUGUCAACAACCAGUGUGUAGCUCUGGCUGCUUAUGUGGCGUCAUGCCAUAAGUUUAAUAUCUGCAUCGAGUGGAGGAGUCCAGAUUACUGUCCUUUUGCGUGUUCUGACACUCUGCAAUAUCAGGCCUGUCUUCCGGCGUGCACGUCCCAGUCCUGUCCAAACCACGACUUCGACUCUGAUCCGGACCACUGUUCAGGUCUGACCGAGGGCUGCGUGUGCCCGGAGGGAACGCUGCUCCACCGGCCGUACUCCGCACUCUGCAUCCCCCACGAGAAAUGUGCCUGCACUGAUGGUUCUGGUGUUCCCCGUGCACACGGAGAGGUGUGGACAGCCUCGAAGGAUGGCUGCUGCAUGUACCGCUGCGACAACGACACCAUCGUUCCAGUGGAGUUCAACUGCUCCAGCACACCAGCGCCGGUGUGCCAUCGCGCAGGAGAGAUGAUCAUCAGCAUGGCAGACGACACCAGUUGCUGUCCACGUAAAAUCUGUGUGUGUAACCAGAGUCUGUGUGACCAGCUGCCUAUUGAGUGUAAAUAUGAGGAGAAGAUGGUGUCGUACUACAGAUCAGACUCCUGCUGUCCAGAACAUGUUUGUGUAUGUCAGCCUUAUGGGUGUCCUCAGCUGACUUGUCCAUUUGGGAUGUCCGUGGUGUCCGUGUCCGCUCCAAGUCGCUGCUGUCCCAAUCAAACUUGUGAGUGCUCGUGUGAAAAGAUCAUCUCCCCAAAAUGUGGCCUGGGUGAAGCUGCCCAGCUGGACCGGACCUUUCUGUCUGACCCACAAAACCAGUGUGCCUGCAAAAGAUAUAAGUGUGUGCGAGAGGCCGUGUGUGUGUUUGGUGAGCGCGGCGUGUUACGACCGGGUCAGACUCUGGUGGAGCACAGAGAGGACGGUCUGUGUUCCAGCCGGCAGUGCAGCCGCAGCCUUGAUCCAACGAGCGGCUUCUACAUCCUACGCACCUCCACCGUUAACUGCUCCGCCCACUGCCAGCCAAAUCAGAUUUAUGUGCCUCCUAAAGAUCAGUCGAUGUGCUGUGGUGCUUGUAAAAACAUUUCUUGCCUGUAUCAACAUGAAAAUGGGACCACAGCGCUCUAUAAGCCAGGAAAGUCCUGGGUGUCAAGCUGCAUGAAGUUUGACUGCACCGACACUUUGUUUGGACCAACGCUCAUCUCCUACGCCUUCAGCUGCCCCCCCUUCAAUGAAACCGAGUGUAUGAAGAUUGGUGGAACUGUUGUAAGUUACAUGGAUGGAUGCUGCAAGACGUGCAAAGAAGAUGGAAAAUCAUGUCAGAAAGUGACGGUGAGAAUGACAAUCAGAAAGAAUGACUGCCGCAGCAACAGACCUGUGAACAUUGUGUCAUGCGAUGGGAAGUGUCCGUCCGCCAGCAUCUACAACUACAACAUCAACACAUACGCUCGGUUCUGUAAGUGUUGCAGGGAGACGGGGCUGCAGAGGCGCUCUGUGCAGCUCUACUGCAGCAGCAAUUCCACCUGGGUCAGCUACACCAUCCAGGAGCCCACCGACUGCUCCUGCCAGUGGUCCUAAACAUGCCACAACUGCACUCUCACAUGCAGCGAAAACACCCAGCUAAAGUGUUUAAAGCUGUAAGAUUCACAAACCACAGCAAGACGAGGAAAAGAAGACGUGAGAUAUGUUGCUUUAGGAUUUGGAGAUGUUUAAACUGAUGCAUGCUAGACUGGAUAGUGUUGCCAACUCUAGGG